GCCUGGUGCACUUCUUCCCUCGCUUUUGAUGGAUCGCUGAGCUUCGGCUGGCUCUUUCGACUGACACAUAGGGCUAUAAUGCCCCCUCGUCGCCGUCCUCAGUUCACUCAAGAGAGCAUCGAUCAGCAACUUCAGCAAAUCCAUCUUCUCGACCAAUCGUCCUCCUCCGAGAACCUCGAGCAGCUCGGGCCUGUCAUCAAACAAAUACACCAGAAUCGUCAACAAGAUGCGUAUCUUCGCACAGUCAAUGCCCUGAUCGAGUCAAAGGAUGCCGAAAUCGAGACAAUAUGUGGAGACAACUACCAGGAGUUCACCAACUCAGUGUCUACGUUGUUCUCUAUCAAGUCAUAUACCACGAACCUGCGUGACAAUAUCACUGCCCUCGACUCAGGCGUCGAACAAGUCGGUCGAGGCUUAGUUGAGAAAAAGCGCGCUCUGCUACAGUCAAAGAAGACUGCAGCGAACUUGGACGAAGCCAUUGAUACCCUACAGGCAUGCCUCCGUGUGCUGGACGUCGUGAACCGUGUUGGCGAAAUGAUCAAGGACGGAAAGUACUGGAGUGCACUACGGUCCCUCGAAGAUAUUGAGAGUAUGCCACCGACAUCUCUAUCGCAGACUCCUUUGUUCCAACAUCUGCUUUCAUCUCUUCCAUCACUGCGCGGGCAGAUCAAGGACGCCGUGACAGCAUCAAUGAAGCAGUGGCUCUUGGACAUACGGAACGUCAGCGCGCAGGUCGGACAGCUGGCCCUAGACGCCAUGGAGCAUCGCAUUCGGAAGUGGAGAAGCAGAAGAGAGAAGGACCCGUUAUUGAAAUUGAGCAGGGUAGGCAGUGCUGUAGAGAUUGUCACCAAUGAGAAGAUCGAGUACAACGUACUCGACAACGAACAGCUGCACGUCGACUUCAAGCCUCUAUACGAAUGUAUACACAUUUACACCGCACUGGACUCCCUCGACGAGAUUCGUAAGUCCUACCAGGCCGAUCGCAAGGCUCAAGCAGGCCUUAUCCUGCCUGAGAUCCUACCUCUGUCCUUACUCCCCCAAGUUACUGAAGAAAUAGUCGGUUUCUUCAUCAUCGAGACACAUGUCCUGAACACUACCGGCAGCUUCCGCUCUCGACGAGAGGUAGAAGAUCUGUGGGAUGCGUUGGUGAAGCGCGUUGACAUGGCAGUUGACCAUGCACUCAAGAAUGAGACGGAUGCGGAUGCGUAUCUGGCAGUGAAGGAGUGUCUGCUGAGCUUUGUCAUGACGUUGGAAUCGUAUUCAUAUUCGACAGAGAGCCUCCACACGUUCAUACUGCAUCUGUUUGAGCGGUACGUUGCCAUUCUGGAGAAGAAAUUCGGCAGGCGAUUCGAGAUGAUCGUUUCACAAGACGACUAUCUACCUAUGUACGUCGAGACUGCGGCAGAACGGGAUGGUGUACUGGAGACUGUGUGGCUUGUGAAAAACGAGCGAGACGAGUUGGCUAAGAGUGACUUACCACUAAAUCUCCCUUGGUCGCAAAGUUUCUAUCUCUGCUGUCAAGAUAUUCGUAAUUAUGUACAGAACUUCUAUCAAUUCCUGGAGGGGGUCUCGCAACAUCACCGCAACAUUGACGACCUACUUAGCAAAUCACUCGAUGUCAUCCUCUCGAAGUAUAUCAGCGAGAACAUAGCCAAGCGUACGCAGAAUACAUCCAAUCUAUCUCAGAUAGCUCAGAUCAUCAUAAACCUGGAGCAUCUCGAGGUGGCAUGUGCGGAGCUUGAACGGUCCCUUACAUUGAUUCGCUCUUCGCAGCGAGGAGGGAUUAUACGUCUUACAGCAUCGGCUUCAUUCGCCACUGUUACAACAUAUGCACUGUCUCGUGUCACAGCGUCUAUCUCCUCCAAACUGGACGACUUCUUCGACCUCUCCGAGUAUGAUUGGACACCGCCGAAACGAGAGAAGGCGCCAAGCAUGUAUCUCUAUGAGUUGAUCAACUGGCUCACUACUGUGGUCGACUCUCUUACUGUCAAGGACGCGUACAAGGAUGAGGCCUAUCGAGGCGCUGCCAACUAUAUAGCGGAGUGUUUCAUGGACUUUCUGACUGGGGGAGAUGUGCGGAUGAUGAACGAGAAUGCACUGGCCAAUGUCAUCAUGGACAUUGACUUCCUCGAGGAUGAGUUCAAGCGUGGUGGUCACGCGCAUCUCAAUGCUUCCUUUCUUGAGCUGCGACUGAUGGCUUCUGUUGUUAUGGAGGAUAAGGUGCAACAAUACCUGAUCCCGGCUAAGCGACGGGCAAAUUACUCCGUUGUAAGACCCAGUCGGCUGCAAGCGUUGCUCGAGAAACUUGCUCGUUUCAGUGCGGAAUGCAGAGAUGCUCCUUCGAGGGAGACGGGAGAGAAACGGCGAAAAGAAGCGGAGGCGGUUGGGAGACUAUUCGAUGGCGAGAAAUGCUGAUGGUUCCUGCAGUAUACCCUCCCACGACACGUACGCUCACAACUCUUCAUAAUGCAUAGCACCGGGUGGGCACCGACUUGGUGCCUGCCGGCUUACGCUUGGGAUCUCAUACCGCAUAAUGCAUACCCUAACCAUGGCACCAUGCACAUGAUAAUGUGGGAAUGAUAUUUUACUAUUAGUAGCCACUUUGCCUGGUCUCGC